CCGGUGAAGCUGCCAAAACAGCCUAGUGGCAAGAAAGGGCAGGAGGGCGGGAAGUCAGAUGGCUCAAAGAAAGAUGAAGGUGGUAAACCGGGGACCAAGUCACCAGUACCGGACAAGGCAGCCGUCGGCAAGGAUGACAAGAAGCCAGACAAGAAGAAAACCAAGAACAAGAUGUCAAAGCCGCGCGCGCGGAAGGCGAAGAAGGGCAAGAUUGGUGGCAAGAGCCGGCGGAUGACCAAGAAGAAGGCCAAGGCAACUCCGGCUGGUGAGCCUGGAGAGGGCGAGCUGAUCGUCAAAAAGAGGAAGAGGAAGCACAAGGGCAUGCCUACCUACAGCAGCUUCAUUUACAAGGUGUUGAAGCAGGUGCACCCGGAAUUGGGCAUUAGCAAGCGCGGCAUGAACAUCAUGAAUAGCUUCAUGAGCGACAUCUUUGACCGCAUUGCGACUGAGUCCAAUCGGCUUCUCAGAUCUAUGUCGAGAAGGACUCUGUCUGGUAGAGAGGUCCAAACUUGUGUGAGGCUUCUCCUUCCUGGUGAGUUGGCAAAGCACGCCGUCAGCGAGGGCACGAAGGCUGUGAACAAGUUCUUCAACGAGGACGGCGAGGGCGAGGAGGGCACGACCAAGUUGCCCCAGUCCACGCCAGCAUCGCCGCCCGUGACGCCGGCGGCCGCCCCGAAAGAGCCUCCCGCCGUGUCCAUGCCUUCCCCGCUAAGCAGCCCGGGCGGGCCGCCGAGCAGCCCGGAGCCGAAGAGGGUCGUGCGCCGCCGGGGCCUCUGA